AUGCAAACAACUGAAGACAACGUUAUUAUACUAUUCUCCCAUUCUACAACGAUGAAAGUGGAGCGCGCCAAGCUGAACAGCGCAAGCGAGUAUUUCCAAGCCAUGUUCCGCCGCGCCCGCUGGACCGAGUCCAAGUCCCAAACCAUCACCCUAGAAGAUGACAAUAUCAAGGCCAUGGAACUCUUGUUUCGUAAAAUCCAUGGCACGAUGUCAAGCAUGACAGACAAGCGAGUCACUGUCGCAGAAUGGUGGCACCUGGUCAUGGCGUGUGACAAAUACGACAUCGAUCCCAAAAGUCUGGGGGAAUUGUUCCAAGGCUGGCAUAAGGCUUCCAAGGUCAAGGAAGAGUACCAAAAGCCCCUUCUCAAGUUUGAGGCGGAGGUUGCCUUUCCUUGCUAUGCUUUUGACACCGCCGAGGCCUUCAAAGAGGUUACCAAGAAGCUGGUGUAUGCGAGUACUGGACAUAUCGUGGAGAGCAAUCCUACGAAUAUCGGACAGAUGCACUUGCCUCCUCGAGUGAUGCAACAGCUGAACGCGGCACGAGGUCGACUCCGGAACAUCCUGCACAAAGGCCUCUUUGAAAGAAUCGGAGAGAUUGUCAAGCACGGAAACUGUUCCUGCAAGGAGACCACGGUGUUCGACUACCUCCGAGAGCUUUCCAGAAUCAAAGUAUGGCCCUUGGAAGACUCUUUGAGAGAUAUGAGCAUCGACGAGAUCAUUGAGCACCUCUGGCGCUUCGACUCGGCCCGGAUGCGCCAAUAUCGAGGCACGUCUUCUGAUAAUCGUAGUGGGGAACAGUGGUGUUCAUGCAGAUUCAGCUGGCAUUUAGUGGUCCAGUCCGCUGCGAGUCGCGUCUCUGAGUACUUUGAUGGGCUUUGUCUUGAUUGUAUGGAUAGCUCUAAGAACCUGCGCGAUGGGGGGAAUAAGGAUGAUGACUAUUGGCACUACCACGAGAAGUUUAAGAGAUUUGAUGCCAAAUGUCGGGUCGAUCAUGGCCAACCUACUUGGUACUUUAGUUUUAUGGGCCGGCGAGAGAAGAAGGGCUUGAUUGCGGAUUAG